GAGGAGAAAGAGUAACAGUAAUAGCUUAUUAGAGGUGAAGGUGGCUGGGAAAGAGGAAGAGGAGGAGUAUGGAGUAUGGAUCGAGGUUCCUUCCCAUCUCUGCCUUGAACCUAAAUGUUUCAGAGUCCAACCCGAUAUUUGUGGUUCUUUCCUGGCUACUGGCUACUGAGCCUUGGGAUUUUGCAAGUUUGAAUAAUUAUAUGUGCAGUCUUAACAUCCACAUCGUGACAUUAUUCUCUCUUACUUUUACAGACUUGAACAAACAGCACACCAUUAUUUCAUCCUUUAAUCUUUAUUUGUGCUCAGCGUGACGGUCUGUAUAGCGGUAAAUAACAGAGAAAAGCAUGAAAGAUGUGGCCAAAUGAAAGUUUGUGCGAGUGUGCCCUUCCGCUUUCCUUUGAGUGUGUGUUGUGUGGGUGGAAGAGAAGCGAGCGUGUGUGUUUGGCCGCCACUCACCCGCCUACUCUGUACUGUCUCGCCGCCAACUUAGGCCUACACAACACCACCGCCGCCCCGCCGCCCACCCACCACUCCAGCCACCUCCCCCCAGGCUCCCUGCAGGACAGGCCAUGGCACCACCAUGAGUGCCCCACAGCAGCAGCAGCAGCAACAACAGUCUGCCUCAGGCAGGAGUCACCUGGAGGCAGGCAGUGUCGGCCACAGAGGAAAGGCGAGGCUUAAGUGUCAGCAGUGUGAUAAAACUUUUAGCGAUAGAAGUGGGCUGAGGUACCACAGCCUGACACACAGCGGUGUUAAGAAACAUGAGUGUCUGGAGUGUGGCAAGAAAUUUACUGCAAAGUCUCAUCUCAACGCACACAGCCUGACACACAGCACCCACAGCGGUGUUAAGAAUCAUGAGUGUCAGGAAUGUGGCAAGAAAUUUAAAACUAAGGCUCAUCUCAGCACACACAGCCUGACACACAGUGAUGUGAAAAAUUAUGAGUGUCUGGAAUGUGGCAAGAAAUUUACCACUAAGUUAUAUGUCACCAGACAUGGCCUGACACACAGCAAUGUUAAGAAUUAUGUGUGUGAGGAGUGUGGCAAGAAAUUUAAAACUAAAGGUGAACUCACCAGACACAGCCUGACACACAGCAGCAUCAGGAAUCAUGAGUGUGAGGAGUGUGGCAAGAAAUUCUUAAGCAUUGGUGCUCUAAAUGGCCAUGCCUUCAGACACACUGGCUUGAGGAAGUUCAGGUGUGAUGUUUGUGGCAAGUGUUUCAAGACAAAGAGUGACAUUGCCCAGCACAUGAGGGUCCACUUCUGAGGACAUCACUCAUGCAUGUUCAGAGUCUCUGUCCAUAUCCUCCACCACCAGGAAGAGGAGGGGACCCAGUACCCAACCUCACUAUGCACUACCUAUGCUGCCACCGCUGCUGCUGCUGCACUCCAGCAGGCUGCCAUGGAUGGUGACUCUUUGUGACCUGUGAGAGAGGAAGCUGGGAUGCCUUUGUCCUGGAUCUUGGUGUGUCCCCACAGUGGUUCACUUGUGCACCAGAAUGCCACGUGCCACUCUCCCGCCACCUCUGCUGGAGUCAGGACAGGCCACGUGGACCUUGUUGCUGUGUCCCGCAUCUUGCACACUGCUGUCACACUGGCUCACUAGUGCCACACUUGUCACUGGCUUGGAAUCCAUGUUGGCCCUCAUGUACAGCUUAGCUCUCUUCAGACUACCUCACCAUCUUACCAUUUUUAUCCUCAUGGCUGUCACCGCCAUGCCUUUCUACUUCCCGGCCACACCUGAGCUACCCCUUGCUGGGUGUAAUGGUGCCCCACUGGAGGGCUGGAGGGACAGCCCGUCAUUCAGGGACUUGCUCCGUGGCAGUCUUAGAGGCUCAGCCAGCUGGUGUGUACAGUUUUGUAGUCACUGUGCAUGGGAGCUGUCCAGUCUGUCCUGCUGCUGCACAGUCUGCAGCUGUUUUGUUGAUGGCCAAGAUGACAUCACCAGGGUGGGAAGGGGGGAGAGGAUACACCUUGUAAGGAACCUCCAUCCCUAGUGUGCCUGCUUGCCUGCCUGCCUAGUGUCACAACACUCAACACUUACACAUCACCAGUGAGUGAACACUGGCCAACAGGGUUGCCAUCUGUGCAGUGCUUGGGUGUGCUUCUUUAAUGUCACACAAUACAUCAGUGUGUGCAGCAAAUGAUACAGCAGUGAUACACACACCAUGUCAGGCCAGGCCAGAGUCCAGCAGGCCACUAACCCGCCUGCCACCAACCUUGCCAGCCCGUUCCGUGAGGCUCCCUGGGCUGUAGGAUGGUCCAUGUUAUGUCCAUGGCUAGGCAUCACCAUGAGUGCUCUGCAGCAGCAGCAGCAAGAGCAGGAGCAGCAGCAGCAGCAGCAACAGCAGCAGCAGCAGCAGCAGCAGAAGCUGUUGCAGCUGCAGCAGCAGCAGCAGCAGCUGCAGCAGGAGCUGCAGCAGCAGCUGGAGCAGCAGCUGCAGCAGCUGCAUCAGCAGCAGCAGCAGCAGCAGCAGCAGCAGCAGCAGCAGCAGCAGCAGCAGCAGGAGCAGCAGCAGCAGUCUGCCUCAGGUGGGAGUCACCAUGAGGCAGGCAGCUCUGGCCACAGAGGAGAGGCCAGGUUUGAGUGUCAGCUGUGUGGUAAAAUGUAUAAAGACAGAAGUGGGCUGAGGUACCACAGCCUGACACACAGUGGUGUUAAGGACCAUGAGUGUCAGCAGUGUGGCAAGAAAUUUACCACAAAGUCUACUCUCACCGCACACAGCUUGAUACACAGCGGUGUUAGAAAUCAUGAGUGUUUGGAGUGUGGCGAAAAAUUUACCAAAAAGUCUGGUCUCACCAGACACAGCCUGUCACACAGUGGUGUUAAGAAUCAUGAGUGUCUUUGGUGUGGCAAGAAAUUUAGUACAAAGUCUCUUCUCACCACACACAGCCUGAUACACAGCGGUGUUAAGAAUCAUGAGUGUCUGGAGUGUGGCAGGAAAUUUGCCAAAAAGUAUGAACUCACCACACACAUGCUGAGACACAGCGGUAUUAAGAAUUAUGAGUGUGAGGAGUGUGGCAAGAAAUUUACCACAAAGUAUGAACUCACCAAACACAGCCUGACACACAGUGGUGUCAUGAACCACAAAUGUGAAGAGUGUGGCAAAGGAUUCCCUACCAUUGGUGCUCUCAACAGCCACGCCUUCAGACACACUGGCUUGAGGGAGUUCAAGUGUGAUGUUUGUGGCAAGUGUUUCAAGACAAAGAGUGACAUUGCCAAGCACAUGAGGGUCCACUUUUGAGGUGGUGAUGGUGGUGGUGGUGGUUGAAUAAAUGUGUAUAGUCCAGUAUUGUGAACCUUACUGUAUGAUUACUGUAUCUUGAGUGUGUGUGUGGAUGCAGCAAGAUGUGGUGUGUGUGUGUGUGUGUGUUGCAACAAGUGUGGUGUGUCAUCGUGUGUUUAGUUAAGGCUACCACUUGAGGAAGCUGGUGUGGUGUGGUGUGGCCAAGAGGCAAACAGUGACCAGCCAUCACCGGUGUAUGGCCAUCACAAGCCUGCCUCACUGUCCCUUCAAAGACCUCUACCCAGCCACUCGAUACCAGCCCACCCCUCGCUCACCACCACUGUUUUUCCAAGGCCACAGAGAUGACUAGUGGGGCUUUCAAGAGUGUUCCUUAAGUUAUUGAUAAGGUAUAAGUCCUGUUAAUCUGUCACUAGUGUUGGAAAACCUUCCUUGAAAACAUGUGCCACUGUCCUUACCAGUGAUCCACAAACGCUGGAAAUAAGUCAAAUAAAUGCUGAAGAUUGAAAGCA